AUGGAAGAAGUGUAUGAUGAUAUAGGAAUUGAAGAAGAAAUAGAACUUGAGUUGAGGAAAACUAUCUAUUCUUCAUCUGAAGCAGAUGAUUGUGAUACUGAUUUAUCAGCUGAAAGUUCAAGUGAUAGCGAAACAGUAAGUAUUCCAGAAGAAGUAUUAUCUGAAAUAGAGGACGAGGAGCAAAUGAGCGAGUUAUCAGACAGUACUAUUGAGUUAAAAAACAAUCAGGAUAUUUCUUCUAACAAUAUAGCUGAUGGGUAUUCCUUGACAGAUGCCAAUGACAUACCCAUCAAUUUUAGUUUCCAAGAAGUUGAAGAAAGAUGCAAGCAGGAGUAUCAGUAUUGGUUGGAAAAGCAAACAGUACUAGAGAAGGAAAAAAUGAAUCAAUUAAAAGCUAAGAAGGACAUGGAAAUGUCUCAAAAUGAAGAAGAGAAGAAAAGACGAUACCUACGUCAAGAAGAACUUGAAAAUGAACGGAUGAACUUAGAAAAGUUUAAUGCGCAACAACAGACUAUGAUGGAAGAGGAACUGCUGAAGAAAGAACAGACUUGGAAAAAACAACUGAAAGAACAUGAGGAAUUCAUUAUGAAAUUACACACACAAAUAGAAGAAGAAAAAAAGGCCUUUGAAGAACAGAAAGCAAAAGAAAGACAACAAUUGGUGGAACAGCAGAAUAAUGCAGCUAUAAAAAUUCAGACAACAUUUAGAGCUUUCAUGAUGUACAAAAGGUUUGGUCCUGUCUUGAAAAAAAAGAGAGAAGAACGAGAAAAGAAAAGAGAAAAGAAAGAAAUAAUGGAAAAGGAAAUGAAAGAAAAAGAGGAAAGAUGGAAAAGGAAGACUUUAGAAAAACUGGAAGAAAAAAAGAGGAGAGAGGAGAAAGAGAAGAAAGAAAAUGAAGAGAAGAUGAGAAGGCAUGAAGAAUAUGAAAAAAAGAAAGAAAUUGUGCGAAUUCAACGAGAAUUAAUGAUUGGAGAAUUGAAAAAUGAAGAAAAAAACAAACUAGAAUUUGUGACAGCAAAGAGUACUGAAUCACAAGAUAUAACUGAAGAUAUUGAACAAACUAAGAAAGAGCAAGAAAUAGAAAAGAAGCUAGAAAACACAACUGAAAAAAUCCAAAAAGGAGAUGAACUUGAAAAUGCAACUAACAAAAUAGAAUCAGAAGAGGAAGAAAAAGAAACUAAAAAGUUAAAAGAACAAGAAGAUAAUAAUGACCCCAAAAUGCUAAUUAUGGAAAAGAAACAUUUAAAACAAACACCAGACCAAAAGUACAAGGAACAAACCGAACAAGAAACGCAUGAACGAAAUAAUGACAAAUUAUGGAAUGAUAUUGGAGGAAGUAAAGAUGGAGAGUUAAAAUCAGGAAGAGAAGUACAUAUUGAGAUAAAUAAUGAAGAAUCACUGGAGAAUAAUGUAAACAAAUCUUUACAAACUGCAGAAUUUCAGCAAGAUAGCAACACAAAUGCUUUUAGUUUUGAAACCAGUGCAAUAGUUAAUCAGGAAAGUAUCAUACAUUACCUUCAUGUACAGUUAGAUUUUGGGGGCUCUGGAAAAAAACCCAGCUCUUCUGCUUCAGAAAAUAGUAAAACAGAUUUUGCUCCAAAAGAAAUUAAUGAGGAGGUUAAUGAGGAGUGGGCCAAAGAUGAGAACUCGAACAAUUUAUUUGAACAACCACUUUUAUCUGAUUCUGUUGAAACUAAAAGACUGGCUUGGAUGAAAACAUAUAAAUCUUGGUCCAGAAUUUAUCAGGAACACCAGACGAAGAAAAUGGUUGAAAGAAGCAAACCACGGAAAUGCUCAUCUGACCAGAUGCCUCCAUUGAGUGCUACUAUGAUAAUUCAGGCAGGUCCUUGGAGUUCUCUACAACAGGUGACCACAGUUAACUUUCAAGAUUUGCCUGGUUGCAGCCUGUCAACAUUAUCACAAUGUAAAAGACUUCAGUCCUUGACCCUUAGACGCUGUGGAUUACUUGCCUUGCAAGGACUCAGCAUCUGCAAGGAUUUGAAAUAUAUAGAUGUAGAGGAGAACAACAUUCAGAUGAUUAAUUGUGAGAAUCUAGAAAAUCUCUGCAUUCUAAUUCUGAACAAAAAUAAUAUUUCAUCACUUCAUGGUUUAUAUGGCUGCAGUAAUCUCUUGAAUCUUGAACUUUCCUAUAAUAAAAUAACCCGAAUUGGAGGCUUGGAGUCAUUGAAAAAACUCCAGCGACUGGCUGUGGAUCACAAUCAAUUGAUCAGUACAAAAGGGCUCUCUGCUACUCCAACUCUGCUAUACCUGGAUUGUUCCUUUAAUCAUCUCACUGACAUUGAAGGCAUUGAAAACUGUGGUCUUCUUCAGAUUCUGAAGUUACAAGGAAAUAAUCUGAAUGAGUUCCCCAAGUUGGAAAAUCAUGUUUUGCUAAGAGAAUUAUACUUGGAAGACAAUAACAUAUCCAGAUUGGGAAAACUUACUGACUACUGGCUGCCUUUGCUACAGAUACUUUUCAUCUCACAAAACAGUUUGACACAACUUGUAUCUCUUUUUUCGUAUGUUUCAUUGGAAAAACUAAAUAUAAGCAACAACUGCUUACUAGACCUGAAGACUCUCAUUCAAUGUCUUGAAGGCUGUGAUAGCCUAAGGGAACUAUCUCUACUUGGAAAUCCUCUUCUUCAAGAAGACAACUGGAGAUGCUGCUUGCUCAAAAAUCUGCCCACUUUGAAAAUACUUAAUGAUGAAAAUGUACAUUGUGAUGUAGAAAAGGUUUAUGAAAAAAUCUCGAAGUCAGAAACAUUUGCAGCAUUUUGUCAAGCUCAGAUUCAAGAAAUUGUAUCACUCCACAAAAAAGCUACAACUAGAUUAGAUAAAUUUUCUGAAGACUCUGUACAGCUCCAGUGUUGGUAUUUUAAAAAACUGAUGAAGCUUAGUAUUGAACAUCGUUAUGCACAUGAAUAUGGAGUUUUAAACAUUACAAAGGUAGAAGAACCAAAAAAACAGGCAGAUCAUUUAACUCAAGACUUCAUAGAGAAAAAUAACUUCUUUACCUCAGGUGUAAAAGAAAAUAAGCAGGACUCGUUUAAUACGCCUAAAAGAUGGAUUACUUCUGGCCAUACUCAUGCUGAGUCAAUUAACUCCUUCAUGACAGUUCCAGAAACAGAUGAAAAUCAAGUAUAUAGACAAAAGUAUACUCAAUAUUCUACAAAUGACAGUGAGGAAAGCAAUGCAUUAAUCAGUCCUAAGAGAAACAAAUUCAACAGGCAAAUUACAACCAUUGAAAGAGGAAAUUACCUUCAACAUUUUGACAAUUCACAAAACUCAGCAGCCAUAAUUAUCCAAUCAUGUUGGCGAGGUUAUAGAGUUCGUAAAGAGAUCAAUUUUUAUACAAGGCUACAUCUGGCAGCAACUGUAAUCCAGUCUGCUUGGCAGAGUUACUGCCUCAGAAGAAAGAUUGUCAGCUGUGAAAAAAAGAAUAAUCAUUUUUUGGAUAAGCAUAAAGCUGCUACUAUACUUCAGGCACUUUGGAAAGGGUUUCGUUUGAGAAAGAAACUAGCCAGUGCUUUGGCAGCUGUUAAAACUGAUGAAGUUGAGGAUGACUAUAAAGAAAUUAAUGUGGAUGAAUUUGUCUUUAAUGAAGCUGUCAUUGAGAAAGAAUGGCCAGCCUUGGAUUCCAACUGCUUCCUUUCACAAACAGUGCUUUGCUCAGACCAGUUGCCCUCGCCAAAGUGUAACAAAUCAACAGGAAGUGAAGACAGCUCAUUUAAUUUAAAAUCACCUUCCCAUAAAAUGUGGCAGCUUAGGAAAAUGACAACAUUAUCAGAAAACAGCGAUGUUAGCAACUGUGCCUCACAACUUUCUGAGGCAAAGUCCUCCCAAAAAUUAUCAUUACAAUCUGAAAAGGAGGAAAAAAUUUCAGAAGAAUGGGGUUUUAAAGACAUUUCUACGGCACAGCUGAUGCUAAAAAGAGCACAUAAGAUGAAAGCAAAGAAAUAUAAUGCUAAAAAAGUUGACCCAGCUGUGCGACUGGCGUUGUUCAAAAACAAUGAAAAUAAACAUCCCCCCGUGAAACCACCAAAGAAGCCACAGACUACAAAAAUUGGUUACUUUGAAGGUAAAGGAGAAGAAUUUUCUCAUAUAGAUUUUGCAACAGAGAGGAUACAAAGAAGCAAAGAACGUACAUGCCAAUGGCUUUAUACACAAGUUUGGGAUUUUGAAGGAACCAGUCCCAGAAUUGAAAAAUGUAAGCAUUUCUUACCUGAGAUAGAUCCAGAAGUUCUCAAGGGAGGAAGAGUUCAGUUUGUGACAAGCCCUGUAAGGAGAGAAGAUACGGAUUUAGAGCUUGUUUCCCUGACCAGUGGAAGUACUUUGACUCAGAACAGAGAAAAAAAUAAUCAGCCACACAGACACUCUGCAGAAUCUUCAAAAAAGGAUACACCUUCACCUGAGAAAUCACAACUGAGCCCUGCCCACAAAGAACGGAUAUCAUUUCGAGACCAUCCAGUUCAACUCAGUGCUGGGUGGGGAAGUGGCAAAAAGAAAACAAAAUUAUUGAAAUAG